GUUCAACUCUAACUGAGGGAGAAAGGCCGGGUGAUUAUUUUUCUCUCUGAAAUAACAUUUAUUGGUUGUCCCCUGUUUGCAGUUGUAUUUGUAUGUUUGUGUUUACAAUUUUACUUGGGAUUAACCUUGUCACCUAUAAUGUAAAUGACAUGUUAAUCCCCACACCGAACUCGGGCUGGGAUGAGUAAACAUGUUCUGUUAAAUGCUGCUGGACUCCCGAUCGGAUUUGCAGAGGGGGCUUGGCGAAUGUGACCCCAGUACAUGUGCUCUCCUAUUAGUUGUCUGGUGUGUGUGUGUGUGAACGGGGAGACUACUCAGUCCCUGGCGCUGUCUAAUAGCCCUGCUACAGUAUUUGAGUUUCGCAUGUAGUAUCCAUUUCAAGGCAGCUUGCUGUAUCGGAUUCGGCACAUCCGGAAUUGCAAACUCCCUGCUAUUCAAUAGGGAAGGAAGAGUGCUGCUCCACCGGGUCCCACCGCCCGGCCACACUCGAACUCCGCAUCACUACACUCUUGCCUGACUCCCGAAGCGGAGAUCCCCUUCAAUUUAAACAAAGACAGAUGCUGCAAAUGUUCAGUUAGGUCUGACCAAUGUGCACUCAGCCCCCGGGCCUGCAGCGACCACAUUCAGAUGGAGACUCCCGCAGCGCUCGCAUCGCCCCUCUCCCUCCAGCUCGCUCACGACAGGGGGCGGCAGCGGUUUGACCCUGACCCCGGCGAGCUGCAGCACGGCCCGGUGCUCUCCAUCGACCAGAUCCGGGCCAUCCGAGCCAACAACGACUACGUGGAGCGUCCGGUGCUCAGCGGCCCGAGGAGCAGUCCCGGCGGCUCGGCCCACAAGUGGGAACGGCCUGGCGAGGCGAGCCUGAGCGGGGUGGCGGAUCGCCGGGCCUCGGGGCCCCAGCAGCAGCUGAGCCGCUCCACCAGCACGGUCAGCUCGGCGUCCCGCAGCAGCAGCACCUCGGAGCAGAGGCUGCUGCUCAGCCUGACCUCGUCUCCUUCGGGCCAGGGGAUUAUCCGGGCGCAGCCCAAGGCUGACCUGAAAGCCGAGCUGAAGAAGGCUCCCGGCGGUCAGGACUGCAGCCAACACUCGCUGCGGUGUGAGCAGUGCGGCAAGUGUAAGUGCAGCGAGUGCACGGCUCCCAGGACUCUGCCUUCGUGCUGGCUCUGUGAGCAGAGGUGCCUUUGCUCUUUGCAGAGCGCCCUGGAGUACGGCACGUGUGUGUGCUGUGUGAAGGGCCUCUUCUAUCACUGCUCCAGCGACGACGAGGACAACUGUGCGGACAACCCGUGCUCCUGCAGCCAAGGCCACUGCUGUGCCCGCUGGACCGCCAUGGGUUUCAUCUCCAUGUUCAUGCCGUGCCUGUGGUGCUACCUGCCGGCUAAAGGCAGCCUCCGCCUCUGCCAGGGAUGUUACGACGGCGUCAAGCGGCCGGGCUGCCGGUGCAGGAACUCCAACACCGUGUGCAGGAAGUUUUCUAACGCGCCUUGCCCGAAAACCAUCGAGAAGCCUUUAUGACCAGGACGCUCUUGCUAACUCCGCGACCGGUGUUAAAUAAACCCUGUGGAAGUUCAGAAGGCACAUUCUCUUCAAAACAAACAAACAAACAAAAAGCUUUCUGAGAGAGAAUCCGAGACCAGCCCAGGACAUGGACAGGAUGAUGAUGUGGGUCCUUGGGGUGGGGGAGAGGGGACUGGGGCCGAGGAUGGCUGCUCAACCCUCGGCUGGAUGUUUGGAUAGAUCCCUUCCUGAAAAGCGAAACAAAAGCCACACCUCGACCUGGAGUCUACCGGGGGGGAAAGGAACGAUCAACCCUCUUCAUGUUACGCACCUUCUUGUGGGAUCUUCCUUGUGCUCCUUAUCUAAACCCAGUGAGUUCCUCUGCCGGCCAAUUCCUGUGAUUCCGUUUGUCAACUGCCUGACCAGAGAGCGCUUGGAUAAAUCCACCUCCCAGCGCACACUCCCCUAAGCAGGCCACACAGUGAGGAUACUUCACCUGAGGAACUGAGGCUGGGAGCGACUGGGACUAACCUAUACCGCUAACCCCCACCUCCGCCCUCACCCCAACUCCUCCAGCACUGCCAGCGUGGGGACUGGGGAGCAGCCAAUGGCCACUCAGCUCACGGGAAAACCAUGCAGUCUGCCCUUCACCGUAGACGUAUUCAAUAUUUAUUGCUUGGCUUGGAAAUGUGAUAUCGUCCACUGGAAAUAUAUUCUCCUCCUCAAUCACAAACAUCGUUAUUAUUUGCAUAUUUACAUAUUCGCGUAGUUUAGUUGUAGACACACGUUUGAAACCGUUUUGAUGGUUUGGCUGCGGGGUUCAGAGGGUUCCUGAAGGUUGCGCGCAGUGCAGAUGUGAUGUUGGUGAAUCACUGGCUGUGUUCAGAUAAGGAGAACUCGUUUUCGGAUGUGUAUGAGCUACACAUGUCUUGGAAACUGAGCAUUCGAUGUGUUUCUCUGCAAUGGCUCUGAGGGCAGGGGCGAUUACUGAAGCUGACCUCACUCAGAAACUGCUGGGCAGGCAUGUUUAUUGAUGCCUUGAAAAGCAGCGUUGCACAAUGCCAAUGUGAUAGUGAGAAAGGUAUCCUUCCCCACCUCCCCCCGCCACCCCCCCAACACUCUCUCUCUCACACACACACACACGUGUGUUUCAGCAACAUUGCUAAAACUUUGUUUUAAUGCGCAGCUCCAGGCACAAUAGCACCUCCUACGCUGAAUGAAUGAAACCAUUCGCCAUGCGCUGCUGAACACUCAUCCAAUAUUUUCUCAAUGGUAGUGGCCUCUCCGUUGCACAAUGCGCUGCCUUGUCUGUCUGGAGUUGGCUUGCAGGCGGGAAGUGAGCGUUUGGUAACUGCUCUUAGGGGCGUCAAGGUAGAUAGAGCUCCCCGGUCCCGUUUUAAAACCGAAUCAGUGUAACUAACGUCGUUGAGUCAGAACAUGCUUCUCUCCACUCUCUGUGGAGCUACGCUGCGGAAUACGCAGGCACCCGCAGUAAAUGAGGAUCAGUUCUAAAGUUCUAUUAAAAAAUUUUUAACACUCCGUUCAUAAACUUAAUUCUAACAUUAUCAUUGAUAAACUGUACACGUUACAUGAAAUUCGUUUUGAGAAUAUCUCUAUUGAGCCCCAUUCCAUGUGACUAAUAAUGCAGAACAAUUGUACCUCGAAUGAUCAAUUAUUUUCUCUUCAGGAUUCAAUGGAGCCUGAAAAAUCAGAACUCCUAGAAGGUUGAAGCUGAUCACGGGUGGUAUACUAUGUUCUAUAUGGGCUAUUACCGUUGGAAACCUGAAGGAUGCAUUCUUUAAUUGAACACCUUUAAACUUAUUCUUUAAGUCGAUUCUGUUGUUAAUUGAGAUGUGCAUCCACUUAAUCCCAUUGUCAGUUGCGUUCUGAAGGAGUUUGCUAGCCCCCAUCCCUUAACUACUGUGUGUGGACUCGAUUCCUCUUAAGGGAAAAGUGCUGAAAUCCUUUUCAAGCCUGCCUGUUAACUGAAUUACCCGAUUCUCUUCAAGAACAGCCUAAACGUGUGCAAUCUCAAGGAAUCUGCCGUGGCAUUGCUGCACAGUGCCUUCAGUAACCUUUCCUCCCCUCACCAUAGCGUGCGACGCAACGCAGUCUCUGAAGUUCAAGUCCUCUGGCUGACCGUUGCAUACACAAAUUUGCAGAAAGCGACCUCCUGUCAGAUUAGGUCUUGGAAUUGCUCGAGGGGGCUAUUUUGUCCUUGACUACGUAUGUGGUUCUUCACACUGGUUAAUGUAGACUGGCAGUUAAAUGAAGCAAAGACCUUAUAGUUUCAGAUGUCCCCUGGGAUGGCCUGGCCUUUUACUGUGUGUGUGUGUGUGUGGUAAGGUGGGUUUAAAUUCCAUCCUGCUCUCCCUGCAGGACCUUGCAUCAAAACGGUUUCUUGAAUUAUAUAUUUAUAUUUUUAAGCAUGAGAAUUCUUGGACCAAUCCUGAGCCUCCAUGUAAACCUGAAACUAGUACAGUAAUUCAUAAUACAAACUGGCCCAUAUUCAGUACGAUAACAAGAGGGGCCGCUUUCCUUUAGUAUUACUGCCCUGUGAUUACAUUGUGGAUGGCAGCUGAUGGUUUUCCUAAAAGUUGUUUGGCAACCCGCGAGGAGACAAGCUGCUGGACUGGUUUGUUUGACGUUAUGCAAUGAAGUGGACGAGCCUUUUCCCUGGUCUCUCUCUCUCUCUUAACAAUCAUUACGUGAAACAGGGGUUGAAAUCGGAUGGAAUAAGCCAUGUAGAAUCUGCCUGAGGAUCCCAGAGAGAGAGAAAAAAGAACACCUUUUGAACUAUAAUGCAGUGACACUUUAUUGCCUGAAUGUUUAUGGAGCACCUAUCGGAUCAUCAGUUCAGCGUACAAUCGGGACCUUGAUACAGUUUGAGGACGAAUCACUGGGCCUUCUUGGAGAGUUCUGACCCGACGUUGCAUUCACAGGCAUUUUCUUGCUUUCUUUGGGCUGUGAAAAUAGCAAGAGCCUGCUUCCUUGUUAGAGUUACUUUGAUAUAUUUUUGUAUAUACCACAAUAAUACUGUGAAUGGUGCCAUAUGAAGGAAGGACUCCGGUUAUUGGUACAUUGUGCAUUCAGGUGAAUGUCCGACUCCCUCUCCCUCUAACAUCGGGCUGUAUUACCCAAUAUACAAAUUCCAAUUAUUGCAUUGCUUAGGUACAAUUGGCAUCCUGUAUAUCAAUCAAAAAAACGUUACUGAUUCUUUUUCUAUUUUUGCCAAUAUGUUGAUUAGUCUAAAUAUUUAUUUGGAGUUUUAUUUUAUAAAAUAUUUAUUUAAACACAACACCCUUUAGAGAUGGAAACUGUUUGUACAGAACUUGCUGCAAAAAUGUAAGGGUGGCACUACAGAGCUGAAUAAAGUAUAAAAUAGAAAUAUAUUAAUUUUGAAAUUAAAUUGCUUUGUUAAGUUUUA